CAACCGAAUACAGAUGUUGCAUCAAACCUGACUCGUUUACAUCCUAUUGGCGUCAAACUGCUUUUCAGUUAUGCCGCACAGGCAGUACUUACGUUUCUGUAUAUAACAUUUCUGUCGGUGAUGGGUGAACGGAUAGCUACGGACUUGCGUAUGACACUUUUCGAACGGCUUCUACAUCAAGAUAUGAGUUUCUAUGACUCGACGCUGACCGGUGAACUGAAUGCUCGUCUAAGUGCAGACGUACAAGAAUUUAAAAGCUCGCUGAAACUCACUCUUGCUCAAGGCCUUAAAACAUUCACACAGACAGGUGGCUGUAUGAUAUCGCUCUUUAUGAUAUCUCCAAAGAUGACCAUGAUCACAAUGACUUCAAUGCCACUCGUUAUCGUAAUCGGUACUGUGUUUGGAUCACUCCUGCGAAAACUUUCACGUCGUUCACAAGCACAAAAUGCAAUCGCAGCCGCUGUAGCGGAUGAAGCGUUUGCUAAUAUUCGAACAGUGCGUGCAUUCGCGAUGGAAAAUCAAGAAAUUGCGUUCGUUUUUGACAUCUGA